AUGUCAGAUCCAAAUCAAGAGGUAAAAAUUGUUGAAAAACAACAAGAUACUCCAGAUUUAAGUAAACAACCUCAUACAAAUCCAGAUACUGUUGAAAAAGUUAAUUCAAAUAAUCUUACAUUAAAUUUCUCAGAUGAUUUAACAGAUGAAGGUAGACAACCAACUGAAUAUGAAUUAAAGACACUUAGGCAUAUUUCUGAGAAAAUUCCAAUGAGUUGUUGGUUAGUUGCUGUUGUUGAAUUGGCAGAAAGAUUCUCAUACUAUGGUUUAUCAGCUCCUUUUCAAAACUAUAUGCAAAAUGGACCAAAUGAUCAUCCAGCCGGUGCUUUACAUUUAGGUCAUCAAGGUGCUACUGCUUUGUCCUAUUUUUUUCAAUUUUGGUGCUAUGUUACUCCAAUUUUCGGUGGUUGGUUAGCUGAUACAUACUUGGGAAAGUUCAAAACUAUUUCAAUAGCUUGUGGAAUCUACCUUAUCGGUAUUUUCCUUUUGUUUAUAACGUCAUUUCCCCUGUUCGGAAGACAAACAGCCCUUGGAGGAUACUGUACAGCACUUAUUACAAUCGGUGUGGCUACAGGAAUGGUAAAGAGGUUCGUAGGAUCAUUUUGCACUUUAGUUUCAGCUCGCUAGCAUCAAAAUUGAUCGAGUUAUGGUCGAUUGAAGUUGGUGAUUGACCAAUCUUGGCUCGGUAAAUUUUGUUUUUUAUUUUUUUUGGUAGCUAAAAAAAAUUUUGCAGCCAAAAAGUUGAACGAUGUACACGAUUAUGCUAGAAUUAAGAAACUUACACUCAAAGAUAAUACUAACAUUAAUUUAGUAAUGUCUCCCCAUUAAUUGCGGAUCAAAUUCCAAAAACCAAGCCUAGAAUCACCAUAACAAAGAAAGGUGAAAGAGUUAUUGUUGAUCCAAAUAUCACUGUUCAAAAUGUGUUCAUGUUCUUCUAUUUGAUGAUCAAUAUUGGAUCUUUGUCAGUUAUAGCGACUACUGAGAUGGAAGCUCAUGCUGGGGGGUUCUGGACUGCUUAUUUAUUGUGUUUUUGUUUUUUUUGGAUUGCAGUUGCUGCAUUAAUUUUGGGUAGAAACAAGUAUGUUAAGAUUCCAGUUGGUGAUAGAAUCAUCAAUAAAACGUUUCGCUGUACAUGGAUCGCAGUCAGAAGUGGUUUUAAAUUUGAUGCUGCCAAACCAUCAGUCAAUCCAGAAAAAGCUUUCCCAUGGGACGAUCAAUUUGUCGAUGAAGUCAAAAGAUCCUUGUAUGCUUGUAAAGUUUUUGCAUUUUAUCCAAUCUACUGGUUGGUUUACGGUCAAAUGUUAAAUAAUUUUGUUUCACAAGCUGGUUCAAUGAGAUCUCAUGGUAUUCCAAAUGAUUUAUUACAAUGCUUUAAUAGUAUUGCAAUUAUUAUCUUUAUUCCGAUCUUCGAAAGAUUUUUAUAUCCAUUUAUUAGAAGGUUUACACCAUUCAAACCAAUUUCAAAAAUUUUCUGGGGUUUUAUGUUUGGUACGUGUGCUAUGAUUUACGCUGCUGUUUUACAACAUUUUAUUUACAAAACUGGUCCAUGUUACGAUCAACCAGGAAAUUGUAAAUAUGGUAAUAAUAUUCAUGUUGCAAUUCAGAUUCCUGCUUAUUGUUUGAUUUCAUUGUCAGAAAUUUUGGCAUCGAUUACUGGUUUAGAAUAUGCUUAUACAAAAGCACCUGUUUCAAUGAAAAGUUUUAUCAUGUCAUUAUUUUUAGUUACUAAUGCUUUUGGUUCUGCUCUUGGUAUUGCAUUAUCAAGUGUUUCAGUUGAUCCAAAGAUGACUUGGUUAUUUACAGGUUUGGCAGUUGCUUGUUUCCUUGCUGGUUGCUUAUUCUGGGUUAUUUACAGUCAUUACAACAAGUAUGAAGAACAAUGGAACAGUUUAGAAUAUGAAAAUGAAAUUGCUAAAGGUGAUGAUGUUGCUUUAGCCCCAGUCACAUCUUUUGCUCAAUCUCAUAAAAGUUUAGGUUAA